AUGAUUGAACCCUUCCAGACUACAUUCGCGGUCUCCAUGACCUGCGAGGGCUGCGUCAAGGACAUCUCAAGCUCUCUUCGCAAGCUGGACGGCAUCAACAAGGUCGACGCCAACCUCAAGGACCAGCUGGUCUUCAUCGAAGGCACCGCGCCACCUAGCUCGAUCGUCUCCGCCAUCCAAGCAACGGGACGGGACGCGAUUCUGCGGGGUAGCGGCAGCGCCAACAGCUCGGCCGUCUGCAUCCUGGAAACGCACUCGACCGCCGUCACGAAUAAGGUCCGCGGACUGGCGCGCAUGGUGCAGGUCUCGUCCAACCUGACGCUAGUCGACCUAACCGUCAACGGGCUGGCACCGGGCAAAUACUGGGCGACGGUGCGACAGGCGGGCGAUAUUUCGCGGGGCGCGGAGUCGACGGGGGGCAUCUGGGAGGCCGUGAAGACGACGAUGCUGGGGAAGGAGUCGGUCAAGGAGACGACGACGCCGCGUGGGGUGUUCGGUUCCGUGGAGGUGGACGACAAGGGGCGGGGCAACGUGUUCCUCGACCGGCCGGUGGCGGUGUGGGAGAUGAUCGGACGCAGUAUGGUGCUGUCGCGGACGACGGAGGGGCCCUUCCGUCGUGAGGACCCCGAUACCCUGGUGGGGGUGAUCGCGCGCAGUGCUGGCGUGUGGGAUAACGAUAAGAUGGUGUGCUCGUGCUCGGGGAAAAAUGUGUGGCAGGAGCGGCAGGAGCAGGUGGCGCAAGGAAUGGCCUGA